AUGAUGGUAAUGGUAGAAGAAAAAGGUUUAGCAAACGGGAAAGAAGAUUACACUCAAGAUGGCACGGUAGACCUGAAAGGCAGACCCGUUUUAAGAUCAAAGACUGGAAGAUGGAAAGCUUGCUCCUUUAUAGUAGCCUAUGAAGUAUUUGAAAGGAUGGCUUUCUAUGGAAUAGCAUCAAACUUAGUGGUGUAUUUAACAGAAAAGCUCCAUGAGGGUACUGUGGAAUCAUCAAACAACAUAAGCAACUUAAGCGGUGCAGUGUGGAUGAUGCCACUUGCAGGAGCUUACAUAGCCGAUGCCUAUCUUGGCCGAUAUCGGACCUUUGUGAUUGCAUCAGGCAUUUAUUUCUUGGGAAUGUGCUUAUUGACUCUAGCAGUUUCACUACCAUCUUUGAAGCCACCACAAUGUGCACAAGGCAUAGCCGACAAUGACUGCCCCAAGGCGUCGCCGUUGCAAAAGGGUAUUUUCUUCCUUGCCCUAUAUAUAAUUGCCGUAGGCACCGGGGGAACCAAGCCCAACAUUUCUACAAUGGGAGCAGACCAAUUUGACGAGUUUGAGCCCAAAGAGAGAUCCUACAAGCUCUCCUUCUUCAAUUGGUGGUUUUUUAGUAUUUUCCUGGGUACCCUAUUCUCCAACACUUUCCUAAUUUACAUACAAGACAAUGUGGGUUGGGCUGUUGGAUACGGCCUUCCGACUGCCGGGCUCGGUAUUUCAAUACUGGUUUUUCUGGUAGGAACUCCGUUGUAUAGGCACAAAUUGCCCUCGGGUAGCCCUAUAACUAGGAUGCUUCAAGUCUAUGUAGCGGCAAUUCGAAAGUGGAAGUCAUGCAUCCCAGGAGAUCCAAAAGAGCUACAUGAGUUGAAUAUGGAAGAUUAUGACUGUAAAGGGAGAAACAGAAUUGAUCAUAGCUCUUCAUUGAGUUUUCUUGACAAAGCGGCUAUAAAGACCGGUCAAACGUCGACAUGGAUGCUUUGUACUGUGACACAAGUUGAGGAAACGAAACAAAUGACAAAAAUGAUUCCUAUUUUGAUUACAACAAUUGUGCCAAGCACAUUGAUAGUUCAAGCGACCACACUCUUCAUUAAACAAGGCAUCACACUAAACAAGAGCAUGGGACCCCAUUUUGAUAUUCCUCCAGCAUGUCUCACAGCAUUUAUAACUAUCUUCAUGCUGAUAACCAUUGUAGUCUAUGACCGUGUUUUUGUGCCAGUGAUCCGGCGGUAUACAAAGAACCCCAGAGGAAUCACAAUGCUACAAAGACUAGGAAUUGGCCUUGUGCUGCACGUCAUUAUAAUGAUCACAGCAUGCUUCGCUGAAAGGAAGCGUCUUAGUGUGGCACGCGAAAAUCGUCUCUUUGGCCAGCAUGAUACACUUCCUCUUACUAUUUUUAUUCUCCUCCCUCAGUUUGCCUUGGCAGGCGUUGCUGAUAACUUCGUUGAAAUCGCUAAGAUGGAAAUCUUCUAUGAUCAAGCACCAGAAGGCAUGAAAAGUCUCGGAACAGCAUAUUUCACAACCAGCUUGGGUUUAGGAAGCUUUCUCAGUACUUUCCUUUUGACAGCCAUUGCUAAUAUCAGCCAAAGACACGGUCACAAGGGAUGGAUUUUGAAUAACCUAAACAUAUCCCGAUUAGAUUAUUAUUAUGUAUUCAUGGCAGUACUAAGUUUUCUCAACUUCCUUUUCUUUGUGGUUGUUGCCAAGUUCUUUGAAUAUAAUGUUGAUGUAACACAAAACAAAUAUGGUUUGGAAAUGAUCAUUCCUUCAUCUCAGGACAAUGCUAGAAUAGGACAGAGCACACCACAACCAGAUGACAAGUCCUAG